ACGUAUCAGUGUGCGAGACAUGUUCAUUGGUAAGACAACGCUAUUUACGUAGACGGUGGACACCCAGACAUCUCAGCGAUGCUCGCUAAUGAAGAAAUACAUCUGCUGCCAGGAUGAGCCUAUGUGAACACAUGCGACCAAAAGACAUUUGAGCAGCGUGCGCCUGUAGAUUUUUGAUGGAGUAUGACGAGGAGACGAUUGCAUGCACGCACCGGAUAGCGAGAGAGCGGAUGCGCAACUUUUACACAAGUAAUAGCUGCUGCUUAUAAACCGUAUGCAGCUGAAUGUUCUCAGAGCGCGACUAAUUUCCUCUUGUCGCCAUUACAAUUAUAUCGAAAUGAAGAACACGGAGAAAUUUAUUCAGAAUUUGCUGCGUCGAUGAUUGAAGGCAGCGGAGUACGCAACCGAUCUAACAACACAACACAGCUUGAGCACACACUACGCAGUGACACAGUACGCAAUACAGAGGGACAGCACACACUACAUUGACUGCCGAUUCACCGCAUUUAUGACGGACCCGGGAGGAAAGCUGAUAUUACUCGCGUGCCUUGUGUCUGUCGUAGUGACAGAUGGUAGUGAAAAGACGUGGGAAGUUGUACCAACCUUCGAAGAUUGUGACGCGACCGACAGCAGCGAUGAUGGGCCCAGCUGUGAAAGCUGUAGAGACGGAUGCGACUCGGAGUUGUUACUCGGCAUGUCUGUCGACAAUAGAACUACGAGUGCGAUCCGUCUCACGUUCGACCUGGCGCCGUUCAUUAAGAAUCUCGGCACUAGGUCCAUUUACGGAGAGCCGCCGUCUCUUAGAUUCGACGUGCAAGGCGUCACCGCACAUCUAAAGCUGCGCUGCCUUCACCUGACCGGGUCCGGCCAAGACGCAUUCUCUGGCAUGAUACAGGCGAGAGCCAACUGGAUCUCACCGUACACCUACGACACCUACAGCCCUAUCGACGUGAACAGUGUCGUUUACUACGACGAUGUGUUAAGCGACAGCGCUCGCGACACGGUGGAUACAGGCGCGGGUCCCGAAAUUGACGUACUGCAGCGGCUCUUUGUUAGCAGUGAACAGUGUGCAUCGGAGAGCGUAUCCCUACCGCUGACCGACAUUGUUCAGCUGUGGCUGCAGAGCAAAGCCACCAUGCCUCUGAAUCUCACAAUCGAAUGCGUCGAGCAUCGUAGCGGCUCUGCAUCCGGCAUAGCCUUCAGCGGGAAUAUACGCGAGCGCUCACCGCACCUUAUCAUCGACUUUCAGGGACGAGGCGGAUGAACUUUGCUCAAGCAGAUGAUUGGCCUAUGAACGCACAAGUGUUUCUCUGCAGCUUCCAGCGUU